GAAUCGCCAUCCCAUACUCGAGCCCAAUUGCAAUGUCCUCUUCUUCUUCUCAAUCUUACGGGUCAAGCUUCAAUUGGAAUUGGCCUCGUCCUGAAAUUGUGAACUGUAAUCACGAUCUUGAGGCGGAGCUUGUGAUAUCUAGGACGGCUGCUAACCCGGGUAGACGUUACUAUCGCUGCCGUAUAUGGAAGGAAGAUGACUGCAAGUUUUUUCGAUGGGUUGAUGCGGGUUUGUCCCCAAGCCAAGACAGUUACUUUCAAAGAGUGAAACUUGAACGAGACCAAUUCGAGUCUCAGCUUAGAGCGAAAUCGUUAAUUGAAGGUGUUCUUGAAGAGAAAUUGCACAAAAAAAGUGAGGAGUGCGAAGCGUUGAAGUUACAAUUGGCAAUGAAAACUGACGAGUGUGGAGCAUUGACACUGAAAAUCGCUAAUACAAUGAAAACAUCCCGAAGUUUUAAGCAUCAGUUCAUCACUGCUAUGCUACCAAAAUAUAUAAGUUCAUCCUUGCCACCAAAAUACACCAUCAUUGUUUAA